AUGGCACUGAACACAGAGAACGAUCCUUUGAUGUGCAAGUGUUUUCCUACAAGCUUAGCUGGACCAGCGCUCAAUUGGUUUAAGAACCUCUCAAGGGGCUCGGUAGACAGCUUCCGUAGCUUGUGUGAUCGAUUCAUAAGCCAAUACUAUGGGAAUAAACGCCCGGCAAAAGAUAUCUCCAGCUUAUUCACCAUGAAACAACAUAAUGACGAGCGUCUCCAAGCUUUCCUUACUAGGUUUAACUUGACCAAGAGCAUGGUGAUAGAGUGCCAUCCUUCCACAGUAGUUCAGGCAUUCAAGUUAGCUAUGACCCGAGGCACACCGUUCCAUACCAGUCUUGUGGUAAACACAUCGAAGACAAUGGACGAGCUGAAUGAGAGGGCCGAUGGUUUCGUGCACCUAGAAAAUGAAGAAUCAGUUAACGCUAGGAAGACAUCCAUCAUCUCCAAGGAAGAAAAGUCCAAAGCAAAGAUACGGCAGAAGCAAGUUCUUACGCAACGUCAGACCUCCUGGAAGGCAGAGAAGAGGCCUAAAGAGGAUGACCUGAUUACUCCACUCAAAGUUACACUCGCAAGGCUGUACCAAGAGAACAAAGAUAAGAACUUAAGGAGACAAGUGGAGAUGCUGAUCGCUAGGGGAGAGUUUGCAGGGUAUGUUCAAGGACCGGCACAAGAGCAAAGUCGUCUAGCUGAGCAGGUCAAAAGAAAUCAAAAAUUGAACCCCCAUAACACUCAGCCUGUACAGAUUAUCAACGCAAUCCAUGGGCGACCUGAACAAACCGUAGAAUCUGAGGAAUUGCUCCGAACACGCCUCCGCCAAGCGCAAAUGAAGAGGCGAGUAGGCAGUGUCAACACACUGCAUCAACAGAGUUCGGCUGUACAGAUACGGUUUGAUAGGACGGACCUGAUGCGAGUUCAGAUUCUGCAUGAGGAUCCCUUAGUUGUCAGUCUGACAGUGGCAGAGUGCUUAGUAUGCAGAGUGCUUAUCAAUCUGGGUAGCAGUGCGAAUAUCAUGCCUAGAGUCACUUUUGAUCGGCUUGAAAUUAAGCCGGAAGAGCUCAAGUCUAUUGGAAAUCUGUUGUUGGGUUUCGAUGGCAAACGAGUCGAACCAGUCAGCACAGUGGAAUUGGUGGUUCGCACAGCUGAAAGGGACUUGGUCGAAAGUUUUGUCGUGGUGGAGAUCUAUCCCUCGUACAAUCUGUUGAUAGGGAGAGGAUGGAUCCAUAGGGUACAAGGAGUCCCCUCAACCCUACAGCAAGUGAUGAAGUGCCUGAGCCCAGAUGGGAGCAAGGUGAUUGAUAUCCAUGGGGAUCAGGUUGCGAUAAAGGAGUGCUAUUCAGUGACCCUAAGGGCUGCAAGCAAGGACGUGUUCGCUUGGAGCCAUUCAGAUAUGCCAGGGAUCGACCCUUCUGUCUCUUAUCACUCCCUUAAUGUUGAUCCGAACAUUAGGCCUGUGAAGCAGAAGCAGAAGAGAUUCACCCCGGAACGCAACCAGAUCAUCGCUGAGGAGGUAAACCAAUUGUUGGAGGCUGGGUUCAUUCGAGAAGUACAAUACCCGAGCUGGUUGUUAAAUGUGGUCAUAGUACAGAAGAAGAAUGGAAAAUGGAGAGUUUGUAUUGAUUUCACCAAUCUAAAUAAGGCCUGCCCGAAGGAUAGCUUUCCACUUCCAAAGAUUGAUCAAUGGUGGACGCUGCAACAGGAUUUGAGCGAUUAA